ACUCUGUCGUAUCACCUCGCCCAAAAAAUCCCCAUUCCCCUUGAUCUCGCGAUAAUGGAGGAACUAAUGGAUGACAACGGAUGGUCGCUGCCGGCGGCGAUCGCCAGGGUCGUCGGCAAGCUGCGUCUCUACCUGGGGAACAUCGGCGACUCCCACAAGUACAAGGGAACCAUGAAGGUUCUCGAUUCGCUGGAGGACAAGCUCAAGAUCCUCCAUGGCGAGAACCUGCUGCGUGUCGACGCCGACAGGGACGAAGAGAUGGCCGCGUGGCUGCGGCAGGUGAAGGAGGCCGCCGCCGAAGCGGAGGAGCUGGUCAAGGCCAUGGAGGCCGAGGCGGCGGCCGGCGAGUCUAGCAACCUCCUCCUCAGGGUGAAGUACACCGUCGGUAAGCUCGUUGGCGCGUGCUGUGAAGUCGAAUCGCUUCUCGCCGUGCCGGACCUGGACGUGGAUCGCCUGGAAAGCCGGGGAGAUGAUAUCGCCUCUUUGACCCCUGACCAACCCUUUGUUGUUGGGCGAGAUGAGGAAAUAGGCAUCAUAUUGGACAUGGUACUGAAUGAUGCCUGUUUCGUGGCAGAUGAAUCAGGCGAGGGCAGAGCCAGUGCUGAUGGAUCACGGAUUUCUCAGAAAGGAUGGAUCAUCGAGGCCCUCCGGAGCAUAGAUCUAUCUGACCAGAGAAAGCAAGCUGCAGAAGCUGCUGCCUGCCAGAAAGAAAUGGGCAGCAGAGUGAAAUAUACCAGGGUACAAAACGGGAGUGUUAGUAGAAUGUGCAAUCCAACUAUCAUUCCCAUUGUUGGAGUAGGUGGAGUGGGCAAAACAGCCCUUGCUCAGUUCAUCUACAACGAUAGCAGGGUCCAGGAGCACUUCAGCGGUCAGUCUGCCUGGGUCUAUUUUACUGACAGCAUUAGAAAAGAAGAACUGAUGGCGCAAAUCUUCGUGUCAUUGCAACCUGAGCACAAUAUUCUGGAUCAUGCUUUCAGUCUAAACAGCCUCCGUAUUCAACUUCAGAGUGUCACAGAAGGCAAGAAAUUUUUGCUUGUUCUUGAUGAUGUAUCUGAUGAGAUUCGUGCAAUAUGGGGUGAUUUAAGGAGUGCACUGAAAAAAGGAGCACCUGGAAGUGUUGUCUUGGUAACAACCCAAAUGUAUAGUGUGGCCAGCUUUGUGGGUACUACAACUCCGAUAUUUUUGGAUUCUCUUCAUUGUGAUGACCAGUGGAAACUUUUUAAGCAUCAUGCAUUUGCUGGUGAUCAAUGUACAGAAGCUCUGGAAUCAAUUGGUAGAAAAAUAGUAGAUAAAUUUCAUGGAUCUCUUUUGGCAGCGAAAUUUAUUGGGGCAUCAUUAAGAAAUUGUUUACAUGAAGCACAUUGGGGGAGACUCUUAGAAAGUUGGUGGUGGAAUAUUUCAAGCAGCAGCUUUGAUAUUCACAUAAUAUCAUCUCUCGGAAUUUGUUACAGUGAAUUACCUGCAUAUUUGAGGCAAUGCUUGGUGUUUUGUUCAAUCUUUCCUAGAAAUUAUUUAUUUGAAAAAUAUGAGUUGAUCCAAAUGUGGAUAGCUAAUGGUUUUGUUGAACUGGACAACACUACUGGUCCAAGAAUACUGGAGGAUAUAGCUGGUGAAUGGUUUGAUGAACUAGUCAAUAAAUGCUUCCUGCAACCGACUGUUUGGAAGGUUUGGUAUAUUAUGCAUAGUUGGCUUAGAGACUUUGUGAUUGCCUUAUCUUCUAAUGAAUAUCGGGGUGUUGAUUCUACUCUGGGAGAUCUUCCACUGAGUGUCCGCCAUUUAUCCAUAGAUAUGGAUGUUAUGAAUGUAACAUGGACUGACUAUGGCAUUAAACAGUUGCGGUCAUUAAUAUUAUUCAGUGGCUUCUGUCAUACCAACUCUAGCAAAGGCUUCAACAAUGUUGACAUCAUUUUGGAUAGCAGUUAUGAUGCUGUUGAUAGCAUUUCUGAGAGAUCUUACAACACUACUGACAAUGACACCAUUGACAACAUUUCUGAUUGGUCUUCUUUCACUUUUGAGGAUGAAGUUGAUCUUGUUGCUAUUAUUUUGAAAAGGUAUUGUGACAUUAUUGGUAGCAUUCUAAAUAGGUCAAGAAGCUUGCGCUUGUUGAGUUUAUCUAACUUGAGAGCAAAUUCAGCAACAGCAUGCGUUGGUGAUUAUCCACUUGAAGAAGAUGGCAUUGCGCAAUUUGUGGAGUUCACUACAGCACAUCAGAUGCUGCCAUAUUUGACUCACCUCAGAUACUUGGAUUUUUCACACAGUGGGAUAACCAAACUCCCUGAUUCAAUAUGUAGCUUGUGCAAUCUCCAAGUUCUUGGUUUGAGAGGCUGUAGAUUCGCUCAACUACCAAGAAGAAUGAACUCACUAGUUGGUCUACGGCACUUGCAUGCAGAUGCAGAUACAGUUGCUUUAAUUCAUGGCAUUGGACAGCUAACCAGGCUCCAGGACUUAUAUGAAUACCGUGUUAAAGCAGAAGAUGGUCACACGCUAAUUGAGUUAAAGGACAUGAGGUAUAUCCAAGGAUCCCUUUGUAUAUCAGAUCUACAAUUGGUGGCUAAUCGAGCAGAGGCAAUUCAAGCUAACUUGGGAAGUAAGGAGAAUGUUAACUGUUUAGUUCUGAAGUGGGACAGAAAUCAGUCUUCUAGAGGUAAACAUAAUCUAUAUGGAAUGAAGUUGAAUCAAUAUGAUAGAGGUCAAAAGGAGCCACUUCAAGCUAGCUUAGUUGAGAAGAUCUCUACUCCUUCAGAUAUGUCAGGAUGUCUGAUCAAUCCACUAGAGAUAAUUAAACCUGAUCAAGACAUGGAGAUAUUAGAGUGUUUGUCUCCACAAAGGAAUCUGCAGAAGAUACAUUUUUUUGGCUACACAGGGUUGGCUUUUCCAGAUUGGGUUGUACAACUCCGUUAUAUAAAAGUCAUUGAGAUAAACCAUUGCACAGAACUCCAGGUACUUCCUCCUUUUGGACAGCUUGAGCAUCUUAGUAAGCUAAUUUUGCAUGAGUUGCCCUCCAUAAAGGAUGUUAGUUCUGAUGUCUAUGGAAACUCAUAUGUGGCCUUUCGAUCUUUGGAAAUCCUGAGUUUUGAGUCUAUGGCAAAAUUAGAAAAAUGGGCAGAUGCAGGGAACGAAGAAAGCUUUUCAAACCUGCAAAACCUGCAGAUUAAUAGAUGUGACAACUUGAGGGAACUACCUUCGAUGUCAUUGGGCUUAGCUACCAGAAGGCUUUCUCUUACGGGUUGUGGAUCAUAUGCUGGAACAGUCUCAAGGUAUUUGGAAAGACUAACUAGCCUCACACACUUAAACAUAAAUGAUUGCUCCCAGAAGUUAAUCCUUCCUUGUCAACACCUGAUACCGUUGGAGUACCUACACCUUUCAAAUUGUAAGGAGCUAUACUUUGAGGGUGGAAUUCUUUGUCUCAACAACCUGAAAAGCUUACAUAUUUCUGGCUGCCGCAAAAUUAUAUCGGAUCUUGAGGAAGAGAUUAACCAACUGUUUUCUAAUUGGGAAAUAAGGUUGGGCAAAGAUCAAUCACUAGUUCUCAAAAGUAGAUUGCUCAAGCUAGCCAAAGAUCUGGGAACAAAAAGGAGGGAGCUCCCCCUUCCUGGUUCUCCACCUAAAGAAGACUGUAUUCAUGCUUUGCAGUCUCUCACUGAACUUACAAUGGAUAACCUUUCCCAGUCUUUAAAUCUUGAUAAUUUUCUUUGCAAGCUUUCAGCACUACGAACUCUGUGUCUCCACAAGAUCCAUGUAAUCUCUCUCCAGCAAGAGAAGUGGCUUGAGCAGAUUACAUCCCUAGAAGAACUUGAGUUUUCUUGUUGCUACGUGCUAAGGCAGCUCCCAUCAAACUUGGCCGCUCUGUCAUCCCUGAAGAAGUUAAAUAUGCAGUCAUGUUUCCAAAUUCACUCGCUACCGUUGAAAGGCCUACCAGGUAACCUAAAAGAGUUACAGAUAUUAGGAUGCUCGCCAAUACUAGAGGCGCGAUGCCAGAAGUUAGAUGGAGAGACAUGGGUGGAGAAGAAGAGAGGUGAAUGGCAGAAAGAGACAAUAAACGAGUACCGACAGAAGAAAACAUGUGAGUUCUGGAAUGGGUGGUUAGAGUAUGAGGAAGAGUGGGUGAAGAGUGCAACAGGGGAUCUGAACGACAAGGGAGGGUGGUUGAAUGAAGAAGAGGACUGGCUGAAGUGUAAUACAGAGGAACUGGAAAAUAACGAAGACGUGUGGCUCAAGAGUAGGGGAGAAGACUGGCCAAAGAUUGCUCAUAUUCCUUAUAUCCGUGUGAAUGGAGAUAUUAUACAGAAUUCUUAUCUCUGAAACUGCAGAGGCAGCUUUCCAAAAAUGUGUAAAGGUGUUAUCCGGACCUAAUUAAAUUAUGGUAGUGUUUAAUCUUUUUUUGUAUGUCUUCUGUCGUUAUAAUUUCCUUUCAUUUGCUCAUGUUGCCGCCUGCCUACUUGGCUACGUGGUUCACUUUUAUUCACCUUGUCACUGAAUUUUUUUUUUGUUUGCCCACUUAUUACUGCGGUAAAUCAAAUGCAAACUAUGGAUACUUGCUGUGCCGUUUAUAUGCCAACCCUAAUUAUGU